AUGUGUGUUUGGAGAGCGGCGUUGUGUGUGGCGCUGGCGCUGCUCAGCAUCGACGGGGCGCGAGCGCAGCUCUGUCCGGCUCAGUGCUCGUGCGUCGGGACUACGGUGGACUGCCACGCGCAGGGACUGCGGAGCGUACCGAGGGAUAUCCCGCGCAGCACCGAGCGCCUUGACCUCAACAACAAUAAUCUGACCAAAAUCACAAAGGCCGAUUUUGUGGGGCUCCGGAAUCUCCGAGUGCUACACCUUAUGGAGAACAAGAUCAGCAUUAUUGAGCGUGGAGCGUUUCAGGACCUGAAGGAGCUGGAGAGACUGCGCAUAAACAGGAACAGUUUGCAGGUGUUUCCAGAGCUGCUCUUCGUUGCAACAACCAAACUCAACAGACUGGAUCUAAGUGAGAAUCAAAUUCAAGGCAUUCCAAGAAAAGCAUUUAGAGGAGCUAUCGAGAUCAAGAACCUGCAGUUGGAUUAUAAUCAGAUUUCCUGUAUUGAAGACGGAGCAUUCAGAGCUCUGCGAGACCUGGAAGUGCUGACUCUAAACAACAAUAAUAUCUCUCGUUUGUCUGUGGCCAGUUUUAACCACAUGCCUAAACUCAGAACAUUUCGUCUUCACUCUAAUAAUCUGAUCUGCGAUUGCCACGUGUCCUGGCUGUCUGAUUGGCUGAGACAAAGGCCUCGCCUCGGUCUCUACACUCAGUGUAUGGCUCCACCCCCCAUGAGGGGACACAAUGUUGCAGAGGUUAACAAGAAAGAGUUUGUCUGUAGCGGUUCUGUCCAACACUCCUCAUCCUGCAGUGUCCUACAGUGCCCCGAGUUUUGUUCCUGCAGUAAUAAUGUAGUUGACUGCAGAGGAAAAGGACUGACUGAGAUUCCCACCAACCUGCCAGAGACCAUCACAGAAAUUCGUCUGGAGCAGAACUCUAUAAAGAUCAUCCCACCUGGAGCAUUCACUCCAUACAAACGCCUCCGGAGGAUAGAUCUCAGCAAUAAUCAAAUCUCAGAAAUGGCUGCAGACUCAUUUCAAGGUCUACGCUCCCUCAACUCACUGGUUUUAUAUGGCAAUAAAGUCACUGAACUUCCUAAAGGAUUGUUUGAUGGACUCUUCUCUUUACAGCUACUGUUGCUAAAUGCAAAUAAGAUCAAUUGUCUGCGUGUGGACGCCUUCCAGGACCUGCAAAACCUCAACCUGCUUUCUCUGUAUGACAACAAGCUGCAGACCAUCGCUAAGGGGACGUUCUCAUCACUGAGAGCCAUACAGACACUUCACCUGGCUCAGAACCCAUUUGUGUGUGACUGUCACCUGAAAUGGCUGGCUGAUUAUCUGCAAGAGAAUCCGAUCGAGACCAGCGGAGCUCGCUGCACCAGCCCACGGCGCCUCGCUAACAAACGCAUUGGCCAGAUCAAGAGCAAGAAAUUCCGCUGCUCAGCUAAGGAACAGUAUUACAUACCAGGUGUGGAAGAUUAUCGUACUAAGCUGAGCGGAAGUUGUUUUGCUGAUCUCGUGUGUCCUGAUAAGUGCCGAUGUGAGGGAACAACAGUCGACUGUUCAGGACAGAAGCUCGCCAAGAUUCCAGAGAACAUCCCUCAGUACACUGCAGAACUACGUUUAAACAAUAACGAGUUUGCCGUGUUGGAGGCAACAGGCGUAUUUAAAAAACUCCCACACCUUCGCAAAAUUAACUUUAGUAACAACAAGAUCAGCGAUAUCGAGGAGGGAACGUUCGAAGGAGCGAAUGGAGUCAAUGAGCUAAUACUGACCAGCAACCGACUGGAGAGUGUACACUACAGCAUGCUGAAGGGGCUGUCGGGUCUGCGUACACUGAUGUUGCGCAGUAACAAGAUCAGCUGUGUGAGUAACAGCAGUUUUACCGGCCUGAGUUCAGUGCGACUGCUGUCUCUCUAUGAUAACCAGAUCACCUCCAUCUCCCGGGGAGCCUUUGACACACUCCACUCUCUCUCCACACUAAACCUGCUGGCCAAUCCGUUCAACUGCAACUGCCACAUGGCCUGGUUGGGCGAGUGGCUCCGGAAGAAACGAAUCGUUACAGGAAACCCUCGUUGUCUAAAACCCUAUUUUCUCAAAGAGAUUCCCAUUCAAGACGUGGCCACGCAGGACUUCUCGUGUGAGGAUGGUGAUGAUGAAAAUAGCUGCUCCCCAUCGGCCCGCUGUCCCGUGGAGUGUUCGUGUUUGGACACAGUGGUGCGCUGCAGUAAUAAAGGACUGAAUGCACUGCCAAAGGGUAUUCCUAAAGAUGUCACCGAACUCUAUCUAGAUGGAAACCACUUCACCCAGGUUCCUCUGGAGCUCUCAAACUUUAAGCAUCUGACUCUCAUUGAUUUGAGUAAUAACCAGAUCAGUACAUUAUCCAACAACAGCUACAGUAACAUGUCUGAGCUGCUUACACUAAUCUUAAGCUACAACAGACUGAGGUGUAUUCCAGCUAAAGCAUUUGAGGGCCUUCGAUCUCUGCGCCUACUUUCUUUGCAUGGUAAUGAUAUUGCUGUUAUUCCUGAAGGCGCAUUUAAAGAUCUCUCAUCUCUCUCUCAUCUUGCUCUUGGCGCAAACCCUCUACAUUGCGACUGUAACAUGCAGUGGCUAUCUGACUGGGUGAAGAGCGGGUAUAAAGAGCCUGGCAUUGCCCGCUGCGCUGGACCCAAAGACAUGACAGACAAACUGCUACUCACUACGCCAUCUAAAAAGUUCACUUGCACAGGUCCAUUAGACAUCACAAUCCAGGCGAAGUGCAAUCCAUGUCUCUCCAACCCAUGCAGAAAUAAUGGCACCUGCACCAACCAUCCAAUUGACUUUUACAGAUGCACUUGCCCAUACGGAUAUAAGGGUCAGGACUGUGAGGAAACCAUCCACGCCUGCAUCAGUAACCCAUGUCAGAAUGGUGGAACAUGUAACCUGAAAGAUGGAGACGAGAACACACACUGGUGUGUGUGUCCUGAAGGCUUUGAGGGAGACGAGUGUGAGACUAACAUCGAUGAUUGUGAAGAUAAUGACUGUGAGAACAACUCUACCUGUGUGGACGGAAUUAACACCUACACCUGCCUCUGCUCAUCUGAGUACACAGGAGAGCUGUGUGAAGACAAGCUGGAUCUGUGUUCCCCAGAACUGAAUCAGUGUCAGCACGACUCCAAAUGUGUCCUAACAUCUCAUGGAUUUAAGUGUGAGUGCACUCCAGGGUACACAGGAGAGCAGUGUGAGCUGGACAUCGAUGACUGUGCAGAUAACAAGUGUAAAAAUGGAGCGCAAUGCAUUGAUGCUCUAAACGGCUACACAUGCGUGUGUCCUGAAGGUUACAGCGGUUUGUUCUGCGAGUUCUCGCCUCCCAUGGUGCUGCCCAGAACGAGUCCAUGUGAUGACCAUGAGUGUGAGAAUGGUGCAGAAUGUGUCGUCAAGGUGACCGAGCCGGUGUGCGUGUGUCUCCAUGGCUUUGAGGGUGCAAGGUGUGAGCGACUUGUCAGCGUGAAUUUUGUCAGCCGAAAUGCAUUUGUCCAGAUCCCCUCCAACACUGAACAGACCAACAUCACUCUGCAGAUUGCUACAGAUGAGGAUAGUGGAGUGUUACUGUAUAAAGGUGAUGAUGAUCAAAUAGCUGUUGAGCUCUACAGAGGAAGAGUAAGAGUCAGCUACGACACAGGAACCAUGUACAGCGUGGAGACGGUGAGUGAUGGAGGGUUCCACAUGCUACAGCUCAUAAUGACGGAUCAGUUUCUCUCUCUUAUGAUUGACGGAGGGAAAGCCAAAUCCAUUACUUCUGCCAAGAGGAUGAGUGUAGGAGCCAGAACCGCGCCACUCUACAUAGGAGGUGUUCCUCAGCAGUCUGUUAUCUACCCGUUCAGUAACAGCUCCAGUUUUCACGGUUGCGUCGGCUACGUGUACGUUAACGGACAGCUGCAGGAUAUGAUGCAUUUCUUGCGGGAAGGUGUGGUUCCUGGGUGCCGGUCUUGCCAGCCGAGUGCUUGUGUUCACGGCCUGUGUCACGUCAACGCUCAUGACUCACAGUCCUCGUUUAGCUGCCAGUGUGAGCCAGGAUGGACUGGACUGCUCUGUGACCAGCCACUCAAUGACCCCUGCAUUGGCAAUAAAUGUGUACAUGGCACCUGUGUACCCAUUAACUCAUACUCGUAUAGGUGUGUGUGUGCUCCAGGCUUUACCGGAGUGCUGUGUGAUGAGCGCAGUGUAAACGUGUGCGAGUGUGAACACGGACACUGUCGCCUCUCCGGCCUGGGAACUACCUACUGCGAAUGCAACCCGGGAUACACAGGAGCACUGUGUGACAGAGAGAUGGAGUGUAGGGGUCACAGGGUCCGAGGUCACUAUCAGAGGCAGCAGGGCUACGCUGCGUGUCAGACCACGGAGAAAAUCUCACGCCUAGAAUGCGCAGGAAGCUGCGAGGACGGCGCCUCCUGUUGCUCCGCCCUCCGCACCAAAACCCGAAAGUACACUUUCCAGUGCACGGACGGCUCCUCGUUCAUCCAGGAGGUGGAGAAAGUGGUGAAAUGUGGCUGUACGAAGUGUCUAUCCUAAAAAAAAAAGAGAGAGAGAGAGAGAGAGAGACGUAGACCCUGCCCCACCCUUCACUUACUCUCCGCUCUGUAUUUGAUCCUGUUUUUAUAUAAAUGUUCACCUUUUUUCAUUUCGAACGCUGAUGGUCACUUCCAUGAGAAGAGAAGAUGGAUUAUUGUAAGAUACAGAACAAACCUAUUUUUUAUUAUUGAGGACAAACAAAUAUAGAUUUUAGAAUUGUUUUCUUUUGCCGUCAUUACAGAACUGUGAUCUUAUUUUGUGUUUAUUUCUAUUUUAAAUUUUCCUUAACAUCACCUCAGUGAAAGACGGACGGCAGCCUGCUUCUCCGUACGGGUUUUUAGAAUAAAUCACUUUUUCACUAUGGAGAGAAAUGCUGCCACACACACACACACACACACACACACACACACACACACACACACACACACUGUUAAAGUCAAAAAGUUUACAUACACUUAUAAGGAACAAAUAUGUCAUGGCAAAU